CAGAGGGCCGGAGCUAGAGGAAGUGUGGGGAAGUUUAGGCGAGGUUUUGCAAGCAUUUUCUUUGUGAGCCCAAAAUGAAGUCAGAAGUGUCAGAAUCUGGCGAGUCCUCUUCACAGGUUAAAACCAGGCAGAGAAGCCUGAAACUUAAAGGUGCAGAAGUGGAGCUGCUGGUGGAUGAGGUGGUUGCCCACUAUUAUGUUUUGUUUGGGAGCUGCUCCAAUAAAACAACCACAGCAAGAAAGCAGGAAAUAUGGAGAGAAAUCCAACAAAAAAUAAAUGCCUUGGGGGUGACGCAGCGUUCCAUUAAAAUCCUAAAGAAAAGGUGGACACACACCAAAAGAAGGACCAGGGAGAAGUUGGCCAAAAACCGAGCAGCUGCCAGCACCACUGGUUGGGGUCCUUCUGCCCAGGAACCCCUGACACCCAUGGAGGAGAUGAUAGCCUCUAUCCUGCUACCAGAACAAGUGGAGGGACUGUCAGGGCAGAUAGGCACAUGCAGAGAUCCUGAGAAAACACAACAAAGUUCAGGUUCAACAAAUGUUUUGGAAGGUGGAUGGUCUGCAGGUGCGCACAGUCCUAAUAGCCCAGCUGAGGAAGGUGAAAUGGACGAGCGAGAGGAAACUCCUUCCACUGCAGGUGUGUAUGCUGACCAGCCUGUUGAAGAGGAUAAAGUCUCCAUACAUGUGGAACCCAUCACACCAUCUCCACAUGCUGGUACCCCACAGAGGCCCAGGGAACAAGCAGUCACACCUGCAGAUUAUGAUUCUGUCAUCCUGGAGCAACAAAGGCAGAACCACAGUAUGCUGCAACACUCCCUGCAAAGGCUGAAUCAGCAUAUGAGCAACCAAAAUAUUACUCAACACAGAAUUUGCCAGACCUUAGAAAGGUGGCAAGAAAAUAGUACUGAGCACAAUAGGCAGAUGCUGAUGAGCAUGGCAGCCAUUAACAACACAUUAAGAGGUGCUCUUGAUGUGUUCAACCGGCUAGCCUGGCAGCUAGCUGAAAGAUCUAGUGAGACUCCGGGUGAAUCUGGCAGCAGCACGCCUGGGACAUCGCAGACAACAACCCCAUCCAUGACUCCACCACAACCUUUGAGAAGAGGGUUACGCAUACACGUUGGUGGUAUCUCCAGACAGAUGGAUCCUUCGCCUCCUGAAGGGAAAAGAGGAAGACGACAGUAACUAAAAAGUGCAUUCAAUCUGUUAUCCAAUAUUUUUAGAAAAUAUUAUUGCUGUUACAUUGCAUGGUUAUGGCUUGGACAUUGUAAAAAUGAACAUGUUUUAGUUAUGAUAGAUGUAAUGAUAUCACUUGACUUCAGCAAAAAAAUAAAUUCUGCUUCAAUACAAGCUUGAAGCAUCUUCUUUUGGUAUUAUGACAAUACAUAUUGAAAAUACUUCCAGCUCUGUAGUGACACUUUUUCUAAUUUCUCUUCCACGUCCAGCAUUGUCGCAUCUCAUUUUAUUAUUAUGGUGGGGUUCUGACAUUUAUAGGUUUGUCUAUCGCCAGCAAAUCCAUUGUUGACUGUUAAAUUAUGCAACAAUAAUUUGACAAACUUUGUCAGGUUUAUUACUGUGCCACACCCCCAGAUUUGUCCAGACUUCUGAAGCGACUUAACAAACCAAAUGUCCGCUCAAUGACAGAGCUUGUGGACCGAUGUGCACAAUUAUAACAAAAAUCUGCUGGCACAAUUAUACAUCAUUACUAUGCUAAACUACAGUCUCCACUAACAUACCUAGCUUGAGCUCCUACAAUGCUGUCAUCUCUGGAAAAUGUGAGAGAUUUCCUGGUCAGUUUUAGCAUGGCCUGCCGUACCGACUGGAAAUCUUGAAAAGGUUGGUUGUGAGAUGCCAGCAACUGUAGCUAUGGUCAUUUGAAAUGACCCAGAUGCUAAAUAAUGUAAUAUCCACAAUCAUUUGACUAGGCCAGGAACAGCAUGACUCCUACCAGCGAGAGGAUGGAUGUCCUCUUUAAUUUCCUCAUUUAAAGAUAGUAUUGUGUUUGUGCUCAAUCUGUAUCGUGAUGAUUUCUUCCUCUGACAAACCUAAAAAGGCAUGCCUUCCUAACAAUUCGGGGUCUUGCUGUUUUUCAGGCUACGAUCCUUUCUUCUUCCUCUCCCCUUUUAAAAUGCCGCCUUUCUCUGUUAGUAACAAGUGCCACCAUGAUGAAAAAAAUAAACGUUUCAUAAGAAGGA